UCGCGCCGCUCUAAUGUUUAACUAGGCGCUGGGGGGCCGGGAGUUCGCCGCGUGUGCCAGAGAGGAAGACGCUUCACUCCUUCUGUCGCUCGCAGGCGCACGGGGAGGAUCCGUUUCCCGCAGCUCCCAGUCAUGAAGACACUAGUGAAGUAUCUGUUGGGAUUGCUUGCACUUGCAGUGAUUGUUAUUGCCAUAGCUGUUCCUGUAGCUUUACUGACAAAAAGUACCACGUCUGACCGGCGUAGAACGUUUACUUUACAGGAUUAUUUAGAUGGUGACAUUAGAUACAAAACAUAUAAUUUACAAUGGAUUUCAGGAAAUCAAUACCUGCACAAAACCGCUGACAACGACAUUGUGCGUGUAAAUGCUGAGGAUCAAGCAAUCUCAGAAGUUCUGAAAAACAGCACAUUAGCCACAUAUGGAGCAACCACAGCUAUAUUAUCUCCUGACCAAAAAUUUGCUCUUCUUCAAUACAACUAUGUGAAGCUCUGGAGGCAUUCAUACACGGCUUCAUACCACAUCUAUGAUUUAAAUACAAGUUCCUUAGUAACUGAGAAUCUACUGCCUAAUGAUACCCAGUACAUAUCCUGGUCACCUGUUGGUCACAAACUGGCAUAUGUUUGGAAUAAUAACAUUUAUAUAAAAGAAUCACCAGGUGUGUUGAGUGUGCAGAUCACCUCAAAUGGAGAAGAAAAUAAAAUUUUUAAUGGAAUAGCUGACUGGGUGUACGAAGAGGAAAUGUUUGGCACCCAUUCUGCUCUGUGGUGGUCUCCAAAUGCCAGUUUUCUAGCAUAUGCAGAGUUUAAUGAUACAGAAGUUCCUGUUAUGGAGUAUUCCUUUUAUGCAGAAGACACGCUGCAGUAUCCAAAGACCAUUAGACUCCCAUAUCCCAAGGCAGGAGCUGCAAAUCCUACUGUAAAAUUAUUUGUUGUGAAUACCCAAUCUCCUCCCACUGUGAAUUCCAGUGAAAUUAUUGCGCCAGCUAGUAUAAUAUCAGGGGAUCACUAUUUGAGUGUUGUAACAUGGAUAACAGACGAAAGGCUCUGUCUGCAGUGGCUCAGAAGGAUUCAGAAUUUUUCAGUCCUUGUGAUCUGUGACUUUUCAAGAGAGAAUGGAAUGUGGCAAUGUCCAGAGGGCCAACAACAUACAGAAGAAAGUAAAACUGGCUGGAUCGGCACAUUUCAGCCUUCUGACCCUUACUUUGCAUCUGAUAAUAUUAGCUACUACAAAAUUUUAAGCAAUACAGAGGGCUUCAAGCACAUUCACUAUAUCAACAGCACAGGGAGCAGAAUACCUAUUACACAUGGAAAUUGGGAAGUAAUCAGCAUAGAAGCUGUAACCAAUGACUUUAUAUACUACAUCAGUAAUGAAUUUGGUGGAAAGCCAGGAGGAAGAAACCUUUAUAAAGUGUCGGUUGGAAAUGGUCCAACCACACCUAAGUGCGUGAGCUGUGAUCUGGACAAAGACAGAUGUCAGUAUUAUUCUGCAUCCUUCAGCAAUGAUGCACAGUAUUAUCUGCUGAAUUGUUAUGGUCCCGGCCUGCCCACUUCUAUGCUGUCCAGAAGUAGUGACGAUCAUGUCAUCAGAAUUCUGGAAAACAACACAGACUUGGACAGUAUGUUGAAGGAUAUUCAAAUGCCUUCCAAAAAAGUUGACACCAUUAGUCUGAAUGGAUACACAUUGUGGUAUCAGAUGAUCUUACCUCCGCAUUUUGAUUCAUUGAAGAAGUACCCUUUGCUCCUUGAUGUCUAUGCAGGACCCUGCAGUCAGAAAGCAGAUUAUGCCUUCCGUAUCAAUUGGGCUACAUACCUUGCAAGCACAGAACAGAUCAUUGUGGCUAGCUUUGAUGGCAGAGGAAGUGGCUACCAAGGAGAUGAAAUUAUGCAUGCAAUAAAUCGAAGACUGGGAACAUAUGAAGUAGAGGAUCAAAUCUCAGCAGCUAGAAAAUUUUCUGAAAUGAACUUUGUCGAUAAGAACAGAAUAGCUAUUUGGGGCUGGUCGUAUGGGGGGUAUGUGACCUCCAUGGUGCUUGGAUCUGGAAGUAAAGUGUUCAAGUGUGGAAUAGCUGUAGCCCCGGUAUCACGCUGGCAAUAUUAUGAUUCAAUAUAUACAGAGCGUUACAUGGGUCUUCCUGUAGCAAGUGAUAAUCUGAAAAACUAUGAGAGUUCAACAGUCAUGGCCAAAGCUGAAAAUUUCAAAGAAGUUGAGUAUCUCCUUAUUCACGGAACAGCAGAUGAUAACGUUCACUUUCAGCAAGCAGCACAGAUCUCCAAAGCUCUUGUUGAUGCCGAGGUGGAUUUCCAAGCAAUGUGGUAUACGGACAAAGACCAUGGCAUUGGAGGACAGGCACACAGCCAUAUUUACACCCAUAUGAGCCAUUUCAUAAAGCAAUGUUUCUCAUUGCCCUAGCACCAAAACGGCAUUUCAUACCAUACUGGGAUUUCUUUAUCAAGUUGUUAAUAAUGGCACUUUCCCAGUAGAUUCUCAUAUCUAAACUUGCACUGAGCCAGUAUAACUAUUUUUGAGACCAUCUGAAAACUGUUAUUUAAACCCUUAAUGACCAUGUACACAUCAUGUCAAUUUUUAUGACAAAGAUGCGAUAGUUGCUUGGCAACAGAGAUUAUUUAAAUUUGUUUUAAAUCAGGUUUUAGCAGCACAAGAAUGUUUACAUGUCAUUUGCCAAAUUUCCUUUUUUAAAGUUUCAAUCAAUACCUUUUCAUACUUGCUAAUUUCACUCUAAAAUGGAAAUGUACAUAUAUGGUCUACUUCUUGCUAAUAUUGAUAAAUUACUCAUAUUUCACAGAGUUGCUAGCUGAAUAGAGGCAGAAGAUUGGGGGUCUGGAAUAGAAAGGAAGUGUAGCCUAGAACAUUAUAACUAGGUUUGGCAGAAUUUGAUUUUUAUCAUUUAUCUAUUUAACCAUUUUUCUAUUUUUAUCAAUUUAAAUUUGUAUUUAUGCAAAAUUAUGGAUUUUAAGCAUAAUUUUUGAUAUUAUCUAUGUAAUUCACAGUUGCAGGAAAUUAUUGGGGAGCAUCAGACAAUUAUUUAAUGACAGAUGUUGAGAUAAAGCUUUAUAACCUUUAAAACACAAAUUGACAUCGCAUCUCAAACUAUACAAAGUAAAUAUCCUUAAAUCAAACUUAAGUUCUCAACCAGCAUUUUUUAUACUUUAUUCCAUUGAAAUAAUGUUUUUGUCAGUUUGUACGCAUACAGUGAAAUUGAUGUUUACCAAGUAAAAUCAAAUCCUUCCAAGCCAAAUUAUAACCUGUUAAAGAAAGCUCAGAUGAUUAAUAGAGAUUUUUUUGAAAUUUACUGAAAUCUGAAUAUUUUUAGUGACAAUCAGGAUGAAGUUUUCAACAAAAACUUCUGCAAAAUUAUGUCCCAUGUUUUUACCAGCUAUACUAAAAACAGCAAUAAGAGAGACUUAUGUUAGUAUUCCAUUUCUUGCAGAAAAUUCUGUUUUUUCAGUACAGUCUAUUCCAUGAGAUGACAUGACAGGUCUGCCUUGUAGCACUCUCUAAAACAGAACUAAACUGUGACUAUAGAAAAGCUUUCUGCAAAGCCCUUGGGUAAUAGCUAUCAAAACUGUGGAGUUGAAUUCCACAAGUGCCUAAAGGGCAACAGCUUUGUAGCGCUUACUCACUCCUUAAUCAGACAGACUGGUGUGGACUUCCAUGAGAAUUUGCUUGAGUACAACCUGAGCAAGGCUCUUUGGCCCAUUGCUACUUAGUGUAAUCUUUGUGAGGCAGGAAUGGUAUUAUACAACACUGGGCAUGUUGCCAGUGCUUAAGAUAUAGAUAAAUCAGUGAAAAAUGAAAAUGCAACCUGAGU